GGAGUCGAACGAUCGCUAAAAUGACAACGAAGCUCGAAAUUAUAAUUUUAUAUUCACCAAACGAAAUGGCUGAUUUGAUAGACGCAUCUGAAGGUAUUAUCAACGAGUUAACAUCUGUACCUAAUGUAAACGUGACCAUCGUGACAAUUAUAAACCCAGUUAUGUUAAGGGAUAAAUUAUGUGAAAUAUUCGACGAAAGUGAGGCUAUCGUUAUUCUUGUCAUUGGACGCAAUGGUUAUUACCUCCAUAGAAGAUGUUUAGAUGCGUUUUUAGAGUUUUUGGUUCCACCUGUUACAGGCGCAGUAAGAGUGGCAGACGGGUGCGACAUACCUUUGUUUAGUAGGAGUGUAUGUGGACUACGGUAUAACAAGUUAAUUGUUAAUUUGUUUGAUAUAUGUGUACGUUCAAGUGAAGACUAUAGAUUACUUGUACGUAUACUAUUGGACUUGGAGACCAUGUUCGUUUCGAACAUACCUUCUGCGCCAGAUUGCUAUUCAGGCAGAAUAACGGUGAUACAUUUCUUUAUUUGCUAGAGAGAUUUUCGGGGGUGCAGUCACUCUACAUCCAUUUGAUGGUCUAGGCUGCGUUUGGAAACAUCACCUGAGUGCCCUAGUGUAUUAUUUUUUACCUUUGUUUUUCACUGAAUGGUGAACAAGGAUAAAAUGAUAAACUGGCUCUCUCGAGUAACGUUUCCGAACGCAGCUUUACUAAACCAUCGCGUGAGAUAUCGUCGUCCCUGAGGCCGCGCUGUUAGCGUAUUAUGCUUACAUUUUGUCGAGUAAAAUAAAAUAGGCAAACGAGAAGAGCAUGGGGUGCAAGUCCGGCUAGCUCGAUAGAAAUAAGAGCAGUCGCCCGGCAACGUUCCGGGUUCAAAUCAUACUCCUAGCCCAUCAUUUUUCUCGUCAACAAGUAAUUAAACGGCGUGUCUCAGUAUUUCCUAUCUCCCGGUGGAGUGUCUGUAUCCCUAUUUAUUAUUAUGCAUAAUAUGCGUAUAGUAGUACAUAUAAUUCAUAGAAAAAAAUAAAAUAAAGUUUUCUACGUGACAGUGACAGAGCUGCGGUAUUUUAAGGCAGUGAUUAUAACAUACCACUAGAUAUAGUUUCAGAUACCAAUUUUAUACUGGUAACUGAUAAUAAUAGCUUGAGAAGAGCUAUGAAACAAAACUUUUUAAUUGCCUCUUUUUAAAUCUGGGACAUGUAUGUAGGUGAAAAUUAGAGUUCUUGACCGCAAUUAAUUAAAAAAAAAUUAGACAUACACACAUUUUUAUUUUAGUUAAACAUUUAAGUGUUAAGCCAGAUAGCCAGUGUGAGCACAAGUUGCUUUCACAUUGCCAAGAAAAACGUUAGCAUCUUGCUAUACAUUUGCAUUUGAUGUCGGAAAUGAGACAUUUGUAUGAUCCAAACAUUAAGUGCUUGGUCAGAUGUAAUAGAUAUAACAUAUAUGUUUAUAUCCGUUAGAAAAUUGAAAACAAUAUAUGCUAACUCUGUUAACAGUAUGCCUAUUCGAUGUGCUAUCUUUGCUGUGCAUUUAACUACGACAAUAUGUUAAUAUUUGCUAGCUGUACUUAAAUCGCCCAAACAUUGAAUUGAUAUUCCUAGCAAAGAGCAUCAGCUGCUGGCAUUUUAUUUCCAUACGUUGCUUGAGCAUUCUGGCUAUCUAGAAUGUUAGAAUAAGAAAGUUAAAUGUUAGAACAUUUUAAUUAGACAUAGAUACGCACACGUAAUUUUUUAAGAUCUUAAUACACACAUAGGUAUAUAUGUAUAUACCAUUAAAUUAUUGGGUCUGUGCAUAAGUCCGUACCGAUUUUGUGUUUGAAAUGUAUGAAUUAAAACACUUGAUAUGAAAUGUUUGAAUUAUAUGAUAUUAUUUCUAUGUAUAAUU